CAGUCACAAGGAAAAUAUGGAAGUUAAGAAGGAGAAAGUGGGAUGACAGUUGAACAAAAAUACGGAAUUUCGUGACUAAUUUGUGAAAGACAUUUAUUAUUUUAUAUGAAUUACAAUUAUUCCAACAGUUAUAUGUGUGUCCAAAAAUAAAUCGAAUGGCUUACAAUUCGGACAAUGAUAUAGCUGGCCAGUACAGCGUGUCAUUCCCCCAGGGCUUUGACUAUGGGCCCGAGGAAGGAGAAGGGGACCCUGCGGGCGGAGCCCAGGACCAGAAGCCCAAAAUCCUGGUCAUGGGACUUAGAAGGAGUGGAAAGACCUCUAUUCAGAAAGUCGUGUUCCACAAGGUGUCACCCAAUGAAACCCUGUUUCUUGAAAGCACCAACAAAAUUGUUAAAGAAGACGUGACUAAUUGUCAGUUCUUCGUAUACCAUGUCUGGGACCUCCCGGCCCACUUGGACUACUUUGACAGCACGUUCGACCCCGAGCUAAUAUUUGGAGGCUGUGGUGCACUGAUAUUUGUUAUAGACUCUCAGGAUGACUACAUGGACGCCUUGUCCAAGCUACACUUCGUAGUGACCAGAGUCUACAAAAUGAACCCAAAGAUUAAGUUUGAGGUGUUUAUCCACAAAGUAGAUGGUCUCUCAGAUGAUCACAAGAUAGACGCACAGCGUGAUAUAAACCAGCGGGCCACUGAGGAUUUAGCCGACGCUGGGCUAGAUAACGUGCAUUUAAGUUUCUAUUUAACGAGCAUCUAUGAUCACUCCAUAUUUGAGGCCUUCAGUAAAGUGGUACAGAAGUUGAUACCCCAGCUACCAACAUUAGAAAACCUUCUAGACAUCUUCAUCUCAAAUUCAGGAAUAGAGAAAGCGUUCUUAUUUGACGUAGUCAGUAAAAUCUAUAUAGCGACAGAUAGCUCACCAGUGGAUAUGCAGUCCUACGAACUCUGUUGCGAUAUGAUAGACGUAGUCUUGGAUGUCUCCAGCAUAUAUGGUGGUUUUGAUAGCGAGCCGCCAGUGUAUGAGCCCCGGCACAAUAGGAUUAGUCCACUGAGCUUUGACAGUGACUCAGAUAGUGAUGAUGGAGAAAUCAUCCCAGAAAGAGUCAACCCUGCGGACUCCAAUCAGAGGCUGGCUGUGAUCAAGUUGAACAACGGGACAGUCAUGUAUUUACGAGAGGUCACAAAACUGCUGGCGCUUGUCUGUAUACUGAGGGAGGACAGCUUUGAAAAGCGUGGUAGGUAG